AUGCAAGUUUUUGAUGAUAGGGAAGAGGUGAAUGUUGAUGAAGGUGAUGCAGAAACUGAUAAUGCAUGUGUUGGGUUAGGGCACAAGCAGAAACCGAGAAUGCAUAUGCUGGGUUGGGGUUACAAGAGUGAUCUGAAGAUGAAGAUUAUUUUCCAACUGGCUAAGUCGGCCCCAGUGGUCGCACUUUGGAAAUCGGCUGCUGCUGAGGAUAGUGUUAUGAGGGCCCACAGAGGUGGUGGGGAAAUUCGGCCCUUACUUGGCUCCGAUCUUGAAGUCGAAGCAGUUGCUGUCACUUCGGAGGUCAGGCUCGGCGCCACAGAAGUCGGUCAUUGGGUCACCGUCUGA